UGCUCCUCCACGCUCGCUACCACACUAUGACCGUCAACCGGGCAGCCAUCUUCCGAAUCAUCUCGUUCAGCCUCGCGGGCGGCGACAUGCUGCAGACGAUCCCGGCGACGCUUCGGCUGUAUUACAAGCAAUGGGUCAACAGGUCGCUCAGCGUCGCCUGUGCAGCAUAUGCAAUCGCGCGGUACAUGACGUUCAUCUCGCUCAUUACCAACGGAAUCGGCUUCUUCAGCACGACAUUCACGCUCGCGUCGUGCCGGCCGUUUUUUCUCGUGCCCAAUCUGACCGCCAUGUUCGCAGGGAUGGCGGUCCAGGUGCUCGUAUUUCUCCGCACGUAUGCGAUCUCAGGGCGGGCGACGAUUGUUUUCUACGGGCUCGGUUCCGUGCUCCUCCUCGGAUUUCCCAUUCAAUUGUUUGGAAUUGUGUAUCAUCGGCAGCCUGAAAUCACUGGUGGAGAAUGCAAAGCAAAAGUGUUCAGCAAGAACGAGCCGGAUUGGAAUAUCGUUUACUACUCGGCUCACAUGGCCUAUGAUCUCCUCGCCUGUGCAGUGGGCACUUUCUAUCUCGUCGCGUCGUCGCGACUCGGUGGAUCCUUCAACAUGUCAGCAUUCCUCCGCCGCGUGCUGCGGAACGGGCUGCUGUACACUCUGGCCGUCUUCCUCGCCAAUCUGUGGGUCGUCCUCGAAUGGGGCAAGGUUCUCAAAACCGGGGUCGGCGCGACUCUGCCGCUCGCGGUCGUCCUGAUCGCUGCGCAGCACCUGAUCCUCAGCACCCAGCGCGGGACGACGAAUAACACGAGCUCGAAUGAGAUGUCCGGCUCUGGCCGGCGCGGGGCCGCGUUCGCCACCCGGCCUCGUCGGCCCCUCUCGACAGGCAACCGGACCGGUGGUGCAGACAUCGAGCUGCAGGCGACCAAGAUCUUUGUGGUCACUGAGAGCUACGACGAUCGGGAGCUCGGCAUGCAGGUCAAUGGCGAUCAAAAGGCCGGGCUGCAUGCUGGGACUGUGGAGCACAGGCUUUGAGGGGGGGUAAUAUAGAUGACAUGCGCGGAUAGUCUACUGGCUGUAACGGGGGCUCGACGUUCCCGGAUAUCAUCGAGGCUCAUGAUCUUAUCGAUUAUCACCCUUAUCGCUGUGUUCCCCACAUCACCCCAGCUCACCCAUUCCUGCUUUCGACGUCGACCACUUGGAUGCGUCACCGAGCUUUCCCCCGAUAACCAUGUCCCGUCCAAUCUCAGCAAACACCCAGGCCGAUGUGCUCCAGGCGUACCCCGCCCGCCCAGUAUACAGCUGUGCGCGGUGCUCCGCCGUGCUCG